CCCUCGCUCCCUGGCAUUCCCGGCGGGCGGGCCGGCCGGACGGGCGGGCGGGCGCGCGGGCGGGGACUCGGCGCGGGAGCCCUCCCGGCCGGCGGUGGCAGCCCCUCCCCGAGGCUCUCAGGACCCCCAGGACCCCGGGUGCCGGCGGCGGCGGCCCGCCUUGCUGCACGCGGAACCAUGAGCGAGGCCCGCAGGGACAGCACGAGCAGCCUGCAGCGCAAGAAGCCCCCCUGGCUGAAGCUGGACAUUCCAGCUGUGGUGCCCCCGGCGGCGGAGGACCCCAGCUUCCCGCAGGCAGGCCCUGGCCAGCAUGGGCUGUGGGUCCCUCCUGCCCAGCCCCCUCACCAUGACCCCGUCACCCAGCCCCUGAGACGCCAGGCUUUCUUGCGGAGUGUGAGCAUGCCGGCUGAGACAGCUUACGUCCCUUCCCCUUACCAUGAGCCCCGCCGGCCGGUGCUGCAUCGCCAGACAUCGAUCACACAGACCAUCCGCAGCCGACAGGUGCGCUUUGGGCGUGUCCACACUCUGCCCCUCUUGGGUUCCCCUGCUGCCCGCAGGGCCCUCCCACAGCGCCGGUCUCUCUCGCGGUCCCUGCUCAGGGGCACCGCCGACUGGUUCGGAGUGAGCAAGGACAGUGACAGCACCCAGAAGUGGCAGCGCAAGAGCAUCCGCCACUGCAGCCAGCGCUAUGGGAAGCUGAAGCCCCAGGUCAUCCGGGAGCUGGACCUGCCCAGCCAGGACAACGUGUCGCUCACCAGCACGGAGACGCCCCCUCCGCUGUACGUCGGGCCAUGCCAGCUGGGCAUGCAAAAGAUCAUAGACCCCCUGGCCCGGGGCCGGGCCUUCCGCAUGGCGGAUGACACCGCCGACGGCCUGAGCACCCCGCACACGCCCGUCACUCCCGGUGCCGCCUCCCUCUGCUCCUUCUCCAGCUCCCGCUCGGGCUUCAACCGGCUUCCGCGGAGGCGCAAGCGUGAGUCUGUGGCCAAGAUGAGCUUCCGCGCGGCCGCAGCGCUGGUGAAGGGUCGCUCGGUGAGGGACGGCACCUUGCGCCGGGCGCAGCGCCGAAGCUUCACCCCCGCCAGCUUCCUGGAGGAGGACACGGCGGACUUCCCCGAUGAGCUGGACACCUCCUUCUUCGCCCGGGAAGGUGUCCUCCACGAGGAGCUGUCCACAUACCCAGACGAGGUGUUCGAGUCCCCGUCAGAGGCAGCGCUCAAGGACUGGGAGAAGGCCCCGGACCAGGCGGACCUCACGGGCGGGGCCCUGGACCGCUCGGAGCUGGAGCGCAGCCACCUGAUGCUGCCCCUGGAGCGCGGCUGGCGGAAGCAGAAGGAGGGCGGCCCCGUGGCCCCGCAGCCCAAGGUGCGGCUGCGCCAGGAGGUGGUGAGCACGGCGGGGCAGCGGCGGGGCCAGCGGAUCGCGAUGCCGGUGCGCAGGUUCUUCGCCAGGGAGAAGCGGCCGUACGGGCUGGGCAUGGUGGGCCGCCUCACCAACCGCACCUACCGCAAGCGCAUCGACAGCUACGUCAAGCGCCAGAUCGAGGACAUGGAUGAUCACAGGCCCUUCUUCACCUACUGGCUCACCUUCGUGCACUCGCUCGUCACCAUCCUCGCCGUCUGCAUCUACGGCAUCGCACCCGUGGGCUUCUCGCAGCACGAGACGGUGGACUCGGUGCUGCGGAACCGAGGGGUCUAUGAGAAUGUCAAGUAUGUGCAGCAGGAGAACUUCUGGAUCGGGCCCAGCUCGGAGGCCCUCAUUCACCUGGGCGCCAAGUUCUCGCCCUGCAUGCGCCAGGACCCGCAGGUGGAUAGUUUCAUCCGCGCCGCGCGGGAGCGGGAGAAGCACUCGGCCUGCUGCGUGCGCAAUGACCGGUCCGGCUGCGUGCAGACCUCGGAGGAGGAGUGCUCGUCCACGCUGGCAGUGUGGGUGAAGUGGCCUUCCCAUCCCAGCGCCCCCGACCUCGCCGGCCACAAGAGGCAGUUUGGUUCUGUCUGUCACCAGGACCCCAGGGUGUGUGACGAGCCCUCCUCCGAGGACCCCCAUGAGUGGCCAGAUGACAUCACCAAGUGGCCGAUCUGCACCAAAAGCAGCGCCGGGAACCACACCAACCACCCCCACAUGGACUGUGCCAUCACGGGCCGGCCCUGCUGCAUCGGCACCAAGGGCAGGUGUGAGAUCACCUCCCGGGAGUACUGCGACUUCAUGAGGGGCUACUUCCACGAGGAGGCCACGCUCUGCUCUCAGGUGCACUGCAUGGAUGACGUGUGCGGGCUCCUGCCCUUCCUCAACCCCGAGGUGCCUGACCAGUUCUACCGCCUGUGGCUGUCCCUCUUCUUGCACGCUGGCAUCCUGCACUGCCUGGUGUCUGUCUGCUUCCAGAUGACGGUCCUGCGGGACCUGGAGAAGCUAGCAGGCUGGCACCGCAUAGCCAUCAUCUACCUGUUGAGUGGCAUCACUGGUAACCUGGCCAGUGCCAUUUUCCUGCCAUACCGGGCAGAGGUGGGCCCGGCCGGCUCGCAGUUUGGCAUCCUGGCCUGCCUCUUCGUGGAGCUCUUCCAGAGCUGGCAGAUCCUGGCCCGGCCCUGGCGCGCCUUCUUCAAGCUGCUGGCGGUGGUACUCUUCCUCUUCACCUUUGGGCUGCUGCCCUGGAUCGACAACUUCGCCCACAUCUCGGGCUUCAUCAGCGGCCUCUUCCUCUCCUUUGCCUUCCUGCCCUACAUCAGCUUCGGCAGGUUCGACCUGUACCGGAAGCGCUGCCAGAUCAUCGUCUUCCAGGUGGUCUUCCUGGGCCUCCUGGCCGGCUUGGUGGUCCUCUUCUACUUCUACCCCGUCCGCUGCGAGUGGUGCGAGUUCCUCACCUGCAUCCCCUUCACCGACAAGUUCUGUGAGAAGUAUGAGCUGGACGCCCAGCUCCACUGAGCGGGUGGGGGCGCUGGGGCCACGGGCCUCCAGCAGGCUGGAGCCAGGCACUGCCCACCGAGCCUCACGCCACGGGCUGUCAGCAGGCCCUGGGGGCGUCCUGCCCGUUUCCUGGACACAGACCUCCUGUGCCUCGUUCA